AAAUAGAUAGAAAAAAAAGGAAAAAACCCACCCAAAUCAAAACGUGUAAACUCAACGGGAGUCCUCCUCGCGAGGUCGAGUGGAGUCGACCACCUUCUUCUCCUCCACUCCCAGUCCCACCCUCGCCCACAAAUUCGGAUCGCCGCCGCCGCCGCCGCAGUGGGAGAGGAGAGGGAGAGGGUUGGCGUGUGCUACGGUGGUGGCCAGCGGAGGAGUGGAACCAGGAGUGAGCUCCAAUGGCGGCGGCGGCCGCCUCCUCCCUCCUCGCCCCCGCGGGAUCCUGCUACUCCCCCGGAUGCCGCAGCUGCUCGGCUCCCGGAGGCGUCCCCCUCCGCCGGCCUAUUACGGCCGCGCCUCGCCCUGCUUGGCCAGUGCCGAGGCGAAGCAGGUUGGAGCGGGGGCGUGUGGAGGCCCAGUUGGCAGCCGCACGCACCAGCUGCCGAGCAGCACUGCAAUGGCUGUCGUCCAUGGCAAGCUCCCACGGGAGUGUUGGUUAUGAGUCGCCGGUAGUGUUCCCAGGUUUGACCAAACCAAGGUCAGACAGGUGUUUAUUCGCUGCUGUAAUGGUCAGCAACACAGGGGAUCAAGUUGGUGACGGCAACGAUGAUGAAAUCAAUGUUACCAACGAGAAGCUUCGUGCCGUCAUCCGCAAGAGCAAAGAGGUGCUGGAGAUCCACCGGAAUCUACUCGAGAAGAUAUCAACAUCGGAAAGGAAGAAGCUCACUUCAAUUAUAGAGGACAGUUCUAUUUACAAUGAGCAAGAUCCAUUCGGUCAAAGUGAUAGGUAUUUUUCUCAUCUGGAUGAAGUUCCAGGUGAUGAUGAGUUUGGCUAUGGCGUACAGAUGUACCUUGAUAGGCAUCCAGAUCAAUCUGAAGGUGCUUCAGCUCAGGAUUAUGUGGCACAACUAAAUCAAAUAAGUGAUAUGGGGCAGUCAGUCGCUGAGGGCACAAGUGCUGAUCCAUCUGCUUCAUCUGUUGUAGACCUUUUAAAUAUCAUAUUGAUAGCAGCGGAGUGUGCUCCUUGGUCGAAAACAGGUGGACUUGGAGAUGUUGCUGGAGCUUUGCCAAAGGCUUUGGCCAGGAGAGGUCACCGUGUCAUGGUGGUAGUGCCAAUGUAUGAAAAUUAUGCAGAACCUCAACAGAUAGGAGAGCCAAGGAGAUACCAGGUCGCAGGGCAGGAUAUGGAGGUAAAUUAUUAUCAUGCAUACAUAGACGGUGUGGAUUAUGUUUUCAUUGACAAUCCUAUCUUCCACCAUGUCGAGAAUGACAUUUAUGGUGGAGACCGAACAGACAUCUUAAAACGAAUGGUUUUGUUGUGCAAAGCGGCUAUAGAGGUUCCAUGGUAUGUUCCUUGUGGUGGCUUCUGCUACGGAGAUGGAAAUCUUGUGUUCAUUGCAAAUGAUUGGCAUACUGCACUACUGCCUGUUUACUUGAAGGCGUACUAUCGUGACAAUGGUUUCAUGAUAUAUGCCCGUUCUGUUCUUGUGAUACACAAUAUAGCACAUCAGGGUCGUGGCCCAUUGGACGACUUUAGUUAUCUUGAUUUGCCAGCUCAUUACAUGGAUCAUUUCAAACAUUAUGAUCCAUUUGGAGGUGAUCAUCUAAAUAUAUUUGCGGCUGGUAUUAAAGCUGCCGACCGUUUGCUUACUGUUAGCCAUGGUUAUUCAUGGGAGCUCAAAACAGCUGAAGGUGGUUGGGGGCUUCAUGGGAUCAUUAAUGAAAGCGAUUGGAAAUUCCAGGGCAUUGUAAAUGGUAUUGAUACAACUGAUUGGAAUCCUAGGUAUGAUAUCCACCUAAAAUCUGAUGGGUACACCAACUAUUCUCUAGAAACAGUUCAAACAGGUAAACAACAAUGCAAGGCAGCACUACAAAAGGAACUUGGUCUCCCCGUUCGUGGCGAUGCUCCCGUCAUUGCUUUCAUUGGACGACUAGACCAUCAAAAAGGUGUAGACCUUAUAGCAGAAGCAAUGCCAUGGAUUGCUGGCCAAGAUGUACAAUUAAUAAUGUUGGGUACUGGACGGCAAGACCUUGAAGAUACACUGAGGAGGCUGGAGAGCCAACAUUAUGAUAGAGUUAGGGGAUGGGUUGGUUUUUCUGUCAGAUUAGCUCAUCGAAUGACAGCAGGGGCUGAUAUAUUAUUGAUGCCAUCAAGGUUUGAGCCAUGUGGAUUGAAUCAGCUCUAUGCCAUGAUGUAUGGGACUGUCCCUGUAGUCCAUGCAGUCGGUGGUCUUCGGGACACCGUGGAGCACUAUAAUCCCUAUGAGGAGUCCGGACUUGGUUGGACUUUUGAAAAGGCCGAAGCAAACAGAAUGAUUGAUGCACUAGGGCACUGCUUGAACACAUACAGGAACUACAAGUCUAGUUGGGAGGGACUCCAGAAGAGAGGGAUGAUGCAAGAUCUAAGUUGGGACAAUGCUGCUAAGCUCUAUGAAGAAGUCCUCCUUGCUGCCAAGUAUCAAUGGUGAUCAGUCCAAGAACCCGUCCAUGAUUGUUCAGUCAUUCAGAAUGAUCGAAAUGUUUUGUCGUGUCAGCUGCUCAGGUGCAGCCAUUAGCUAGUUCAUGCCUAGCUAUUCAUCUUGCCGUGAUUUGGAUCAGCAGAGUUCUCUUGUCAGAUCUCACAUCAUUUUCAAGAAUGAACGUCAUGAAUCUACUUCCGAGAUGAAUACAGCAGCGGCAGAUGGAUUUGUUGGAACAAAGCAAACGCAUGGAAGAUCCAGUCGUCUCCCAGCAUUCACCCGGAGAGGCUACCAGCUUCAUUGUUUGCUCUGUCCACUGGGUAGAUCGUUGAGCUCGGUGAGAUGCUUUAGUACAGCAGAAUAGCAGAUAGCAGGCAGAUUAGUUCUCCUUCCCCCAAGCACUGAAUGGUUCAGCUGUACUUCUUUUUAGGCUCUUGUUGUCCAGUUAUUCAAUUUUAGAUGAUUAUCCCCCC